UUGUUCCUGCUCCAUGCUUCCCCUUCUCACCCUUUGCCAUCUCCUUCUCUUCCAUCAUGGCCUUCAAAAUCUCUCAACUAGUUCACAUUCUUCUAUGCCUCUCCCUUCUAUUCUUACUCUUUCAUGAGUAUUACAAUCUCAAGUCCAAGAUCAACAAGAAACACAUCACACAACCUGGUCACUCAAUACCCUCUCAUCACCCUUUUAUGAGCAGGAAAGUUCUAGCUAGCAAAUUUGACUUCACUCCUUUCUUUAAGCAUCAUCAUCAGCAUUAUAAACACCCUCCACCGGGUGUUUCAGUGCAGCAUGAUCCUCCAGACACUGAGAUUGAUCCACGUUAUGGGGUUGAGAAGCGUCGUGUGCCAACUGGUCCAAACCCAUUACACCAUUGA